AUGGGCCUCUUCAAGCGCAACUCCAAAAACUCGGUGCAGAGCGAUAGGGACGAGCAGGAGUCAUUUGUCUCGGUCAACAGUGCCCGAACUUCCAACACGUCUCUUCGAUCCCCUGGAUACAAGGGCAGUGGUUUACCGGCCUCCAUCCCCGAGAUGCCCAUUGCGAAACCGCCCGACCCGGCAUUGGACCCCGCCGCCUAUCUCCGCAGCAUUCACGCCGUGCGCGAGCGCGCUAAUAUCGUCCUCCACGCGGCCAAGCGCAACCAGUUGAACCAUUUCGAUGUUGAUAUGAGCAAAUUCAAGGCGACGGCGCAAUACGUUGUGUCUAUUAUCAAGCGAGACUAUGCUCCCGACUAUCAGAAUAUCCCUCCACACGGCCGCUGGCAACACUUCGACGUCGGUGGUAGACCACGAGUUAACCAACUCCUCCAAUCUUGGCCUAGUAGCAUUGACUCGCAAGAACGAACUCGCCGUCUGAUUGAUCUGUUUGUGGUUUCCGUGUUGCUCGAUGCCGGCGCCGGCACCAAGUGGUCAUAUAAGUCCAAGGAAUCUGGCAAGGUGUACUCGCGCAGUGAGGGUCUGGCCGUUGCCAGUCUGGAGAUGUUCAAGUCUGGUCUUUUCAGCAGCGACCCCACGGAACCUUGUCAAGUGGAUGGGGCGGGACUCAAGAAAGUCACCGUCGAGAAGUUGGCAAAGGGAAUGCAACAUUCAGAGCAGAAUCCGCUGGCCGGUAUUGAGGGGCGCGCUGGGCUAUUGGUGCGAUUGUCGGAAGCGCUUAAUCACCAGGACUUUUUCGGCGUGGAUGCACGACCUGGUAACAUGCUAGACUAUUUGCUUGGCCACCCAUCAACACUUGCUUCCUCCGUACCUAUCGUCCCUAUCACUACGCUCUGGUCUGUUCUAAUGGACGGCUUCUCUUCCAUCUGGCCACCCUCACGGACACAGAUCGACGGUGUGGCCAUCGGCGAUGCCUGGCAGUCCUCACUCCUCCCGCAAUCCCCUCCCGCUCCAGCCUGGGAGAGCAUCAUCCCAUUCCACAAGCUGACGCAAUGGCUUUGCUAUUCAAUCAUGGUACCAAUGUCAAAGUUGAUGGCAAUCCACUUCGCCGGCAGCGAUCUUUUGACCGGUCUGCCCGAGUAUCGUAAUGGUGGUCUCCUGAUCGACAUGGGCCUUUUGAGCCUCAAGGAAGCUGAUAUGGAGCGCGGCCUCCGAUCAUUCAAGGAGAAUGCGCAAAUCAAAGGCCAGCCUAACAUGGAAGUUGUGCCUCUAUUCUCGACAGAUGACGAUGUCAUUGUAGAGUGGAGAGCUGCCACCGUCGGCUUUUUGGAUGAGUUGCUGGAUGAAGUCAACACUCAGCUGGGACUGACUGGCUCGGAAGAACAACUCACGUUGGCACAGAUGCUAGAGGCUGGAACAUGGAAGGGUGGUCGUGAAAUCGCCGAAGUCUCCAGGCCGAACACCAAGGAACCGCCCAUCAUGAUCCGUUCCGAUGGAACAGUCUUCUAA